AUUAUAUUCACGAAAACUUUCUCCCUGUUUUCAUUCUCUUGAUGAAGGAGCUACUGGUUCUGCUUCAUCACGCCGAAACAUAUGACAUCGUGUAUAAGUGUGCAUAGCCGCUCGCUUUAUUAUACUGUGAUGUGUUUCAUGUGUUUGUCCUAAUAUCCUGAAGGAUGGCCUCAGUUGCGUCAUAUGGUUGUGCCAGGUUAAGACGGUCUUUGGUUCGAAUCUUAGAUUCUCCCGGAAUAAGAUCACAGUUCAGGCUGCACCCCGCUUAUAUGUUCUCACAGGUUUCAAGUAAGAUGUAUAAAAAUGUACGGAUCUCGUUGUCCCGUUGUAACAAAAUCACCGGAUACUGUUUAAAGCAGCCAUAAACAGUAAAAUAUAAACAAAAUUUUGAUUAUAAAUUAAUUCACAAGUAGGUCUUUAUUUAAGUUUAUUCUGGUGGUUAAACACUCUCCUCUCCUGCCUGUGGUAUCAUUAUAAAGUUCAAGUCUUUAUUCGGUAUUCUAGGCCUCCAGCCCAUAGUACAUGUUUGUUAUUUAAUUUUGAUUCUUAUUAAUGCUAAUAUCAACAAAAUUAAAUUAUUGUUCACUUUUGUGCGCAACACUAAAAAACAUACUUGUGACGUAAAAGUCCAUUGUAUAACACAAUGGUACUUGCAGAAUUAUCUCCCUUCCACCAGGCUCGCCUUACACAUAAAUAAAUGGUAAAAUGCAUGUAAAUGAAAUUUGCUUGUCUUACAUAAUUAUCAAUGGCAACAGCGUGCAUCUCAAUCAUAAAGUGUACUUCAUCUUCCAUAUCACACCUGUCUACUUCCAUCCAACACAUUGUUUCUUUCCAUAGCUUGUGAUUUCUUCACCGGAAUCUACAGAAGCCGGACUUUAACUUUCCAAUAUAUAUUAUGAUAUGACAGAUAUCGUAUCACUAUCAAUGUGUCCUGAUCAUUCAGAUGGACAACAAGACCGCAUCCGGAGACAAGAAGCAUGCGACCCCCUCCCAUUUUGAUAUAUUUAAAGGACCUCCGCGCCACGUGGCCCGGGUCACCAAUGCACUCCAAGCCUACAUGGAUAAGGUAGAGGGAAUGAAGAAAGCCAACGCCAACCUGCUGACCACCAUGGUGGACAUGUGCCCCAAGACGUGGAAGAUCCUCCCGGAACUGAAGAUCUACCUCGAGGACCAGUCAAUGUUGUGGAGUCUGGCCGUGUCGUCACUCCGGCCCUUGUUCAAAGCUCUGAAAAACUACGGGACCACCACACAAGGGGCAAAGGAAGCUCUGCUAGAGUUUGAAGCUCGUCUUAUUCAAGUUAAGACAAUGAGUGCGGAAUAUGAGCUUUUGAAGAAAUCUUCCCGUGUCUCUCAAGUUCAGCAGUUUCAGAUCGAGUACAUGCUCCGCGAGUCAGGCCGAGCCCUCGUGAACACCCGCAAGGUGGUGGAAGAGAAAAUGCUGAUAUUCAGACGCUCCCAAACCGAGCUCGGGAAGGAACUGCUGGGGACAUUUGAGGAUGUCAUGAAAGUCACCUAUUCAGAGGGUUGUCAGGUUUCAGAUUUAAUUCAAAAUACUUUGGGGGCCGCACCUGUCAAGAAAACCAACAAGAAUGGUCAACAACUGGAUGAUCUGAACUUUGUCCAGAAGCAGGUCCAGAUGGUUGUGGACAAGGUCGGCUCCACACCUGUAGACGUGAGUUCCAAGAGAAGACUGAACACCCCAGAAAAGGCAAAAGCUAAACCCCAGGCUUCAAGUCAACUGGAGCCUCAGGGUAAAGCCCACACUAAAGUUGUCCUAGCGCCGACCCAACCCCAGUCACAAGCAUAUCCUCAGACAGAGCCUAUCACCAGGUAUGAAACAAGAGAACUAGAUCGCCCUGCUAGCGGAAGCCAGUACCAAUUCAGGAAUGAAGCGCGCAGGCAGUCUCUUGAAAAUUACACCGAAUUCAACCGCACUGCUUGUCCUUUCCAUGUCGUAACCCAGGAGCAGGUGAAGAUGACAAGAGUCUCCCGUCCCAAAGCAAGCACACCUGGUGCUAACUUGAGCCCCCGCAACAGCUCUGAGUAUAAUGCUAGACAGGAAUAUCGCUACGAUAAUCAGGCAGGUGUGAAUGCCGUCACCUACACAACCACCAGGGCUAAAACUAGGCAUGCCACUCCCAGCAGUGGUAAUGACGUCUCAGGGCGACACAGCAAAUCCUCAAAUGCUGACGCUGAUGUCUAUGCCUGCUACCUGGACAACUGUGGAAUAAUGUCGCCCCGACCACCCACUCCAGGCAGACAGCGGAACAACAAUGGCAACACUGACCAGGUGGCCUGGACAGAAGAGCAACGCCGCGGGACCAAGAGGUCAUCGGAGCAGGACAGACAGACCCGGUUCACACAGACAACGGCUCAGACACAGGGACAGUCUGGUCAGAGGAGGUCUGGGCUGCCAUUCAAAACGUCCAUUCCUGACAGCUCGUCAAAGGAUAGUGUUUUCUUCGACUGCCGUUGAUGAAAAUCUGAUCCUGAGAAUAUCAAGAUGUCACCUUCAAGUUUUGUUCCUAGUUUUCAAUGUUCAGGUUUUUUAUUACAGGUUAUCAGUUGUAACGAUAUUAAUUGUACGGUGGAAACCGAUCGGUACUUUACUAAUUCAAGAUAAGCACAUCAUGUAUAUAAUCCCUCUGAAUUCACUUCUCCUUUCCCAGUAGUAAUCAUCUAAGAAACUGUUUCAGAAGUGUCCGGGCUAACGAGAGGUCACUGUUUGUCCAUAGUCAUGCUAUUGUACAUCGUUGCAAUUAAUCAAAAACUUAUUUGUAUUAUCUUUGCUCUGCAGUAUUAAAUACAUGUUUUGUA